GUUAAUCGUAGCCUUCGUUCAUUGUGAGUCUUGUUCUCGGCUUAGUUGGAGAUUCGCAAGCAGUGUGAAUUGAUUAUUGUGCAAUAUAUUAAUCGUACAGUGGGGUGGAGGAACUGUUUGUGGCCUAGUUUUCUUAGCCUGGAGAGAUAAGAGAUCUGCUCAUCAAUCUAGAAUCCUCGGUUUACAGAACGUAAUUUCAGCGGAAAAUGGGUGUUCCAAAGGUUUACGUCGUCGGGGUCGGAAUGACCAAAUUCGAAAAACCCGGCCGCCGGGAGGAUUUCGACUAUCCACAGAUGGCAAAAGAGGCCGUGACGAAGGCACUGAAUGACGCCCGCAUCAAGUACGCCGAUGUACAGCAAGCCACCGUCGGUUACGUUUACGGUGAUUCAACCUGUGGUCAGCGUGCUCUGUACGAGAUCGGUUUCACCGGUAUCCCGGUGUACAAUGUAAACAAUAACUGCUCUACGGGGUCGACCGCUCUGCUGCUCGCCAAGCAGUUGAUCGAAACGGGGAACAACGAUUGCGUUCUAGCGCUUGGCUUCGAGAAAAUGGAACGUGGCUCACUGACCUCCAAAUAUAUGGACCGCACGAACCCUGUGGAACUGCUCGUUAGCGCCAUGGCUGAGACGCAUGAUAUCACAGGUGCUCCACUUGCGGCUCAACUUUUCGGAAAUGCUGGGUUGGAGCAUAUGCGGAAAUACGGCACUAAGCCGGAGCAUUUCGCUAAAAUCGCUCACAAAAAUCACAAACAUUCCACCAACAAUCCCUACUCACAGUUCCAAGACGAGUAUUCAUUCGAUCAGAUUGUGAAAUCUUCACAAGUGCACGAAUUUCUCACAAAGCUGCAGUGCUGCCCAACGAGUGAUGGUGCCGCGUGCUGCAUCCUCGCCUCGGAAAGCUUCGUUAAACGACAUGGUCUGGAAGCGCAAGCCGUCGAAAUACUCGGAAUGGAAAUGUCCACCGAUCUGCCUUCCUCAUUCAGUGAGGGAAGCGCGAUGAAGAUCGUCGGCUACGACAUGACGAAGAACGCCGCCGAGAAGGUGUUCUGCAAAACGAACUUCAAACCACAGGAUGUUGACGUGGUGGAACUGCACGAUUGCUUCUCCGCAAACGAGCUGAUCACGUACGAGGCGCUCGGACUCUGCCAACCGGGCAAAGCGGCAGAGUUCAUCGAUCGAGGAGAUAACACUUACGGGGGGCGAGUUGUGGUCAACCCUAGCGGUGGAUUAAUUUCCAAGGGUCAUCCCCUCGGUGCUACAGGGCUGGCCCAGUGCUCCGAGCUUUGCUGGCAGCUACGGGGAGAAGCAGGCAAACGGCAGGUGAAGGGAGCUAAGUUGGCCCUGCAGCAUAAUAUUGGUCUCGGUGGGGCGGCUGUCGUUGCCCUGUACCGACUGGGAUUCCCCUAUGCGAAAAAUUCAAUUCGCACUAACCUUACGGCUGCUGGUAAGAUCAAGGAUACACCGGACGGUUUUCUGGUUACGCCCUACAUGAGGCUGCUGGAAGAAGCGAUGCAAGACGACGAGGAAAAAUUAAUUGAGAAAGUACGAGGAAUCUAUGGGUUCAAGGUGACCAAUGGACCUGACGGUGCGGAGGGUUAUUGGGUCAUCAAUGCGAAGUCUGGCAAAGGAUCGGUUACAUACAAGGGAACUGAUAAACCCGAUGUAACAUUCAUCAUCAACGAUGUUGACGUUGUGGAUCUGAUUUCUGGAAAGCUUAAUCCGCAAAAGGCAUUUUUCCAGGGCAAGGUCAAAGUACAGGGCAACAUGGGUCUGGCAAUGAAGCUCGUGGAUCUGCAGAGAAGUGCUCACUCCCGCAUCGAGCAGCUUCGAUCGAAACUAUAAGUACAGCUUUCCUAGAUACGCAUUCCACCAAGGCAUUUGCGGAAAGUGGCGAUCUUUAUAUUAUGCAUGUAAAAAGUUUAUAUAUUUUUAUACGAAAUACAAACACUGGUGAUAGUGAACGUCAUGUAAAAUUUUUAUUGUAUCAAAUCGUUAUCAAACUUUACCACUAAAAUGUGUAAAGUAAAAAUAAAAUACCUUUUUUUAAA